AUGAGCGCGCCGCCGCUAUGCUUGUCCAGAAAGCCGUCAGUUGCUGCGCGUGCUGUGCACGGGAAGCGGCUGGGACAUUCUCUCGGUUCAGAAGUGCAAAGUGCUUGUCCAGUGGGAGUAGCAGGCGAACUCAGCGCAGUGAAGGGGACCGGGUACGGUAUACGCGAGGUGCAAACGAGCCUGACUCGUCUACUCGACUUCUACAUGAGGCACCGCCAUGAGCUCUAUCAGUUAAAAGACUCAUGCGGCAAUCUCUGGCACCGACAAGUCCAGUCAUGGCGGUACCGCCUGGAUACAUGCACCUUAUAUAUCCGCCUUUUGACAUCGUCUUCAAUCGUCGUUUCAAGCCAUCACCGUCAUCUACCCCGCCUCAAGACUGUACCAACAUCGUACGCUCGCAGAGCGCAGACCAUGACGACAGCGUCGACGGGUGGAUCAAUAGCGCUAGAAAGGGCGAUGACUGCGAAUGCCCGCUGGGACCCAGCUACACCCCUGCUCCUUCCCAUCCUCACAUCCUGCGCCUCAACAGCGACACGCUCCGCCUCAUCUCCGAGCACGUCGCGGACAUCGCCCGUCCCGAUCCUCGCAACGGGACGCGGGCAUCAGACUGCUGGAUCAAACUCGGCCAUGUAUGCCGCCUCUGGCGCUCUCUCCUGCUGGACAUGCCGUGCUUAUGGGCGCGCGACCUCUGUGCAUUUGGGUCGAGCGGAAGCGCGUUCGAGUGUGUUUUGUGCCGCGCGCGGGAUGCACCCCUUCAUCUCGAGCUCGACUCGCCGCGCCAUACGUUGGAGAAUACGCUCGCUCAGGCUCGCUCGCAUGGCCCCGCUCAUCCCACGCGCGCGCGCACUUUGCUGCACGAUCAGAUCGCCCGAAGACUACCGCUCUAUAGCCUCGGUGCUGUCUUCCGACUCUAUUCCGAACCUGCACUCGCUUUCGGUGGAGUUCAACUGUGGGACUAUGGAUCACGACUCUCGCACAGAUAUUGUUCUCGCGAGAGACGCUCAGGUUACGGACGUGAGGAUGAGCAAUGUCAUUAUACGCCUCCCGGAGCAUGGGCGCUUGACGUCGUUGGACAUUUCGCUCACUUGGGCGAAGCCGGAAAGGCUCUUCCGUUGCGACGACGUCCUUGAUAUCCUCUCCCACAAUCCCAGCUUGAAGGCUGUCUCUCUCGCACACGCACUUCGCAAGGGCGAUCCAACAUCGAGAUCCACGCCUAUCGUCAUGCCGGUCCUAUCCAGAAUCAAGAUCGUCCAAACGGACAGUGCUUGCCUUCCAUUCGAUCUACUCAGGCAUCUACGCGCACCACAAGCCGAACGUCUACACGUAUCGGAAUACGUGACCAAGACCAACGCAGUCAACAUCUCCGACGCGAUGGCGUGCACCUUGGCCACUUGUAUCGAAUCACCACUCCUAGCAUCGGAGCGGUUGUUGUGCUCUCUGGCCGUGCACCACGGGCGUAGACUAAUAACAGACGUCAGCUUACAACGCGAAUCUGACGGCAUGUCUACGUCGACCGAUAGAGCUGGUCAUGAUGCGAUCAGAUUCGUCCUCUUUCCAGAGUACGGACACCGACGGAGCUACGCGAACGCCAUGGACCGCAUGUCCGCAGCACUGCAGCCCCUUCGCGAAUCCGGCGUCGCGAGCCGCGUCGUCGAGCUCGAUUGCUUCCCCGGGAAGAGAGUCGCAAGAUCGGAGCCUGCCCAGUUCUGGAGGACGACGCUGAGCGCGUUUCCGUACGUCUCUGCGCUCCGCGUUCAGACCGAGGCUGGAGAUGAGCUCGUGGAUCUCUUCGAUACUUUGUCCGAGCACGAAGAUGGAGAAGGCGUGCUGCCGCGCUUGGAGCGCUUGGUGAUGAAGCCGGGUCCUAUGCCAGGGAGAGUCGUGUGGUUCCCAGGCUUCGAGCGUAUGCUCCGCGAGAGGGUUGGGAUGGGGUCGCCUAUUCGGGAGAUCCGGAUCGAUACCUCAGUCGCAUGUUGA